CCUAAAUCAUUCCCAAACUGUUGCUCAAAAGUGAAUCAACCUCUCGUGAAAGAAUUCUAUUCCAAUCUGAUUCCCAACAAAAAGUGAUCGAUCAAUAGCGAAGAUGUGGAGGUUUUUCAGAGAAUCUGGACCCAGACGCGACAAUAUUCCAGAAGACUUGUACACCAUGGAAAUCCACCAUGGUGGUUACUUUGAUAAGAUGCCGGAUGGUACAAAAAAGUAUAGAGUGGCUAGGUUUAACAAAGAUGGUGGGAAGAUAUGGCUAGAUGGUUUAGACCCAGAUAAGAUAGCAUGGACAGAGUUUGGGAACAUAGCUUGGGAUCUUGGGUAUAGAGAGAAACCAAUUUCAUACUACUUCAAGAUUCCUCGAACUUCUUGCAAUGAGGGAUGGAUGCCGAUUAAGAAUGAUGCAGAUGCAAUUGAGAUGAUCAAGCUCAUUCCUCUCAAGACAAGGCAAAUCAGUGUGUAUAUUACUGGUGGUGGGAAGAGGAGAAAAAAGGAGGCUGAAGAAGAUGACUUGAGGCCAUCUGACCCAGAUUGGGAAAAUCCAUUAAAUAGGUUGACAGUAGCAGAGAGAGUACGGCUAGAACAGAAAAGCAACAUCUUUGCAAGUCAGUUAAAUAGGACGAGUGGAGUAGGUGGAGUAAAUGUGGGAGGUGGAGUGGGUGCAGAUGUAAAUGCAGGGGGUCAGAGGGUUAGGCACAUGGGAGGGAAUCUUGAAGUGAUAAAGUUGGACUCAGAUAGUGAUAAAGAAGUGGGGAAUGGUGUGCAGCAGCAAAGUCAAGGCACCUUUACUGGUCUUAGUGACCUGGUGCCUGACCUGUUUGCUUCACAAGGUGAGGGAAUCCAAAGUGAGCUGAGGCAGGGGCAGAAUAGUAAUAGGGGCUAUGUGGAUGGUUGUACAGGGGUAUUUAGUGGCUUUUACAAUGCCUUUAUUCCUCACCCUCGUGAAAAACAUUGUGUAACGAGGCUAAAGGGAAGGCCUGAAGACAAGGCUGCAGAAAGUACAAAAGAAGGAGGACCAGUUCAAGGGGCUGUGGAAGCAGAAGGCACUGUUAAAAACGCUGCAGCAGCAACACCACCAAAAGAGCAAUUGGACCCAAUACAAGAAGAAGUUGUCCCAAUUGUGCAAGAAGCUGAAGUUACUGAACCAAAGGUUGAAGAAGCAGCUGUACCAAGUGUUGAAGAAGAAGUUGAACCAAGAGUUGAAGAAAAAGCUGUACCAAUUGUUGAAGAAGCUGAACCAAGGGUUGAAGAAGAAGCUGGGGUCAAGGAAUCUGAACCAACUGAACAGGCUGCUUGUUCUAAGAAGGGUCCAAGAGGAGAGGACAGCAACAAAGGCAAGAAGAAGAGGUUCAGUGAGGCAGAGAAGGGUAAGAAGGUUGCACCUGACACUCAAGCCAAGGGGAAGAAGGGUAAACUUGCUGCCAAGAAUAAGAAGGGCAGACAAACAAAGGAGCCAAGGUACAGAACGAGAUACAAUGGGGCAAAGGUAUAUGAGCAGGUAGAUGAAAGUAGAUCAAGCUCAGAUGGCUCUGACUUCUAUGUGGACAGUGACUAUGACCAAGAUGAUGAGGAAGAUGAUGCUCAGUUUGAGGAACAUGUGUCCAAUCCACAAAAUGUUGAAGAGUUUGAAGACAUGAUUGGAGCUACUUUCCCUCUCAACUCAAACCCUAGCCCCUCCUCCUCUUGUCUCACAGCUCGCCUGAGGCUACUGAAUGCGAUCAUGGCCGACGUCGCCACCCAGUCGUGUGCUCGUUGCAGCAAACCCGCCAAUCUUCACUAUAAUCUUGAUGCUACUGAAUCAGAAAUACUUGAUUAUGAGAUUUCUUGA